AUGUCGGAUAUCUCCAUCCUCUCCUUCAACAUCCGCGACUCGGAUAUCAACGCUCUCCUUGCUGCAGAGCGCAUGUCGCGAUCGGUCAUCGAGUCGUUCAGUGCGACUACAGAUCCUUCCGAGGUGCUAGACCUUCUUCAAUCCACCGGAGUUUGGCUCGAGGACGCUGUGUCAAACCUCCAGGAGCGCACUUUGCGCAUUAACGCUCUGCUCAACGAGCGAGUCAACGCGGCUCCCGCUGUGGCGCGCUUGAACCCCGAUGUCCUACGCCUCGUGUUCACCUUCGUGGCAGACAUAGAGAAUAGGCCUCGCUAUCCCAGGAAGAAUACUUGGGUGAGGCUAGGCCAUGUAUGCCGCCAGUGGAGAGGAGUUCUACUCGGUGCGGCUCAUCUCUGGGCUCGCGACCUGUUCGCCUUUCCCCAGGGAUUCUCGGAUAUAUUGCCUCGCACUCUCGGUGUGCCGCUGGACCUCAACCUCUACGAAUUUGGAAAAUGGCGUACCGAGAGGAGGUUGCUGGAUCUCGGUUUGCCGCUGCUUGAUCGCGCUCGACUAUUGGCUUGCUAUCCGACUUCCCCGGCGGACGUCCUUUCUGUUGCCGAGUCGUUAUGCGCGCACCCGAUCCCCUCUCUAGAGGAAGUACAGAUUAUCGUCGAUUCGAGUAGAAGCGCCAGCUUCAGCAUACCACACACUCAAUUGACGGACCAUUCCCACCUCCACCGACUGUCGAUGACCAACGUAUUCUUGCGGCCGCCGAGUUCUUGCAGUGCGCUUGUCACCCUUGAGAUCCUAUUGGAAGACUAUAAUCUAGAUAUGAUGCCGUCGUCUGCUACCCUGCUUGGCAUACUAUCUAUGUCCCCGCGUAUGCAGACAUUCGCCCUUCAGGGAUGGAUUGAUCGGAAUGACGCCCCGGGGGCUACAUCAGUCGAGCCAAUCAUCAUGGCCCAGUUGAUUCAACUGAAGUUGCACCUAGGCUCGCGGGAAAAUAACCGCUUGUCUGCCCAAGGCGGCCUGCAACGCUUUGUCGCUUCUUUGCGGUUGCCCGCCCUCACCCAUGCCGAUAUCGCUGAAUUCGCAUGGCCGGAUGAGAUCGCCGCCUUCGUAUCAUCUGUCAACACCAUUCUGACAACGAGCGCCGGCGCACCCUCCCUGAAGGACUGCGCACGACUCACUGUCGCGCAUGGCCUACACAAUGGGAACCAAAGCUCGUUCGACUUCGAACUGGCUGAGCUGCGACGGAAAUCAGGGAAAGGAAGCCAUUUGCGCGUCUCCCUGCAAGUUUCUGAAUCUCAUGAGCCCGAGGACAUGGCCCUCACAGUUUCUGCAUUCGAGAGAACGCUAUACACACACGGAAUGGCGCAACGUGUCAAAUGUUUAGACUGGAGUGCGAACACACAAGUCAUGACCCACUUCGCUUAUUGGGUGGCUGCAUUCGCCCACUUUGAUGGUGUGGAGAUGAUAUACGUACGGUCAGAUGGACACUGCUCGCUUGAAUCGCUGUCAGCUCGUUCGCUCUUACUCCCAUCAGGUGGCAUGCUACUACCUGCGCUUCGACGCAUCGUCGUCGAUGACCGCUUUCUUCAUGAAAGACUCGGAAAUGUGACUCUCUAUCAGCUCGGUAUCGUCAGACCUCUACAAUCCCGUCGAGCGAUCGGAAAACCUAUCAGUACUUUGGGUGUCGAGGGCCUGGAUAUUGUUACAGGGGGACAGCAUGACAUGUUUAAAAUGCUCACGCGUGUUCAAUCAACCAUGGGCGUCGAGCUGGAAUUUUCUCUUGUGGACGACAACACGUCAGAAUGGGGGGAAUGUGGCACGAACGUGCGCUUCAUCUACCCCGAUACCGGGAGCGAUGGCACUGCUGCCGUUGCAGCGCUUGUAGAGACCGAGCAGACGUCGAGCUAG